AAAUUUGUGAACCUCUCGCUGCCGAUAGAGACCCAAGUUCUGCUGUUCCUCCGAUCUUCGUACACUGCUGGUCCAGUACUCAAUGUGUUGCUGCUGCCUGGCAACGUCCCUUUAAAUGAGGUCAAAGAGCAAUACGAAGACGCCGAGCACAUCCCCAUCCCUUCCUACUGUGAUGUCAGAUCUGGUCAGAGUUACAGUGUCCACUGUGAGCCUGGUGUCCACAGGAUCCAGCCUGAAAGAGCUCCAUUUCACUUAAGGUAUGGACCAAAUUACCAUCCAACGUUUCAAGUUCUCCUGGAGACGAUCCCAGAGGACGUGACUUUAAUAUUCCAGGACAGCGAGAGGACAGAAGUCCUGAAGUGUGACGUGCGUCUGAGAGGUCCAGAUGGUCCAGAUCCACGGAGGAAUGUCCCAGCAGAGGACACAUUCUCCACAGAGAACAGUUAUCCCCCAGAAGACAUGCUGUUGCUGGUUCGGGCCCAGUUGGUGACUCGAGUGUCUGAUCCAGUUCUGAACCAGCUUCUGGAUCACCUCCUUCAGCGAGGUGUUCUAACUGACGGUGAAAUGGACUCAGCCAGACCACGAGGCCGAGCAGACAAAGCCCGAGACGUGGUGGACACGGUGAGAAGAAAAGGACGUGAGGCCAGCUCGGUUCUGGUCUCUGCUCUCUGUGAGGUGGACCCGGUCCUCUCCAGAGAGCUGGGAUUAAUGUGAAGUACCAGACUGUGGAGAGCUGUGAUGAACGUCUACAAUAAGGGACUGGUCCA